AUGAAAUUCUCCAAGGGGAAGAAUGACCUGGUGUCAUCUGGCAUGCUGUUGCUCGCAUCAGUCCCAGUUGCCUUCGCCAGCUGCGCGCUUCCAUCAACCUAUACUUGGACAUCAACUGGCGCUCUAGCGAAUCCAAAGUCCGGAUGGACCGCAAUCAAGGAUUUCACCAAUGUGGUUUUCAACAAUAAACACCUCGUUUAUGCAUCCACCACCGACGCAAGUGGAAACUACGGCUCAAUGAACUUCGGCACCUUUUCAGAUUGGUCUAGCAUGGCAACUGCGAGUCAAGUCGGAAUGAGCUUUACAGCCGUUGCGCCCACUUUGUUCUACUUCCAACCAAAGAACAUUUGGGUCCUGGCCUACCAAUGGGGCUCGAGCACGUUUACGUAUCGAACAUCCAGUGAUCCUACCAAUGCCAAUGGAUGGUCAUCGGAGCAUGCCCUUUUUACCGGAAAGAUCACAGGCUCGGAUACUGGCGCCAUUGAUCAGACCGUUAUUGGUGACUCUACUCAUAUGUACCUUUUCUUUGCUGGGGACAAUGGCAAGAUCUAUCGCAGCAGCAUGUCUAUCGACGAUUUCCCUGGAAGCUUCGGUACGAAUUCAGAAGUUGUACUGAGUGGCUCUACGAAUGACGUAUUCGAAGCAGUUCAAGUGUACACCGUCAAGGGCCAGAACAAGUACCUUAUGAUUGUCGAAGCAAUUGGAUCACAAGGGCACCGGUAUUUCCGUUCAUUCGUCUCCAGUAGUCUCGGCGGCUCGUGGGAAGCGCAGGCAGCAAGCGAGAGCAAGCCCUUUGCUGGACAAGCCAAUAGCGGUGCAACUUGGACCAAGGACAUUAGUCACGGUGAUUUGGUUCGAACUAGCCCUGACCAAACGAUGACCGUCGAUCCAUGCAACCUGCAGCUCCUCUACCAGGGACGAGACCCUAAUGCCGGUGGCAACUACAAUACCCUACCGUGGAAGCCUGCCGUGCUUACCUUGAAAAACUAA